AAUGCACAGUGGGGGUUUUACUUUGAAACUAAAGAACUGGACGUUUCCGGUUCAGGGAAAGUUGUUUUUAAAUGGGAUGCUAAGCUACUGCAAUUUGUCAGUGACUUUCUAAAGGGUGCAAACGUUGCAAUGGAAAACUGGCAGAGGAGAAAACGCGGAUGUGUUCCUGCCGCCGUCCUUUCUCAGGCUGCUCUCUGCAGCCGUGUGGCAGGUGGCGCGGCUCCGAGACGUUCUCCAUUACGAAACCCUCGGCGAGUUUGUGUCGCUGGUGACGGACACGGUGCCGGACCUGCUCAACGCAAAGCAGAGAGGCAAGUUACUGCUGCGACUGCGAGCCAGAGUUAUUCUUGAGCUGUGCAGAAGUGCGGAAACAGCCAACACGUUGCAUGUGGAGCCUCACUUGGAACGAAUUCUACCACAGGGAGCAAUGGGAAAGAUUUGAUCAUUCAUCAGAUGAAGUAAUGAUGCUGAGAUUGUUGUGCUAAUGACUAUCACCUGUUUUUCAGAGUGGAGAUGCUGAGGUGGAUGCAGAGGAGGUGACAUUUGUAGAACUUGCCCGAAUGCCACCUGAGAGGGAAGACUUUUACAGGGUGGACCAGUUGAGAUGUCCACCCAGGUCUUCGCCUGCUCCUAGGGGCCGUUUUUCCACACAGCGCAUCCAGCACAGUCACCCAGAGCAGAACAACAAACUCUAGGUGGCUGCAAAGAAGACUCCAGCCCCCACGCCCUAAAUUCCCACAGCCCUUCCCCAUCCAUGACCCUCAUACCUGCCCGGACUGCGGCAAGACGUUGAUGCGGGCCUCGGAUGUGACUCGUCACCAGCGAACCCACACGGGCGAGCGACUAUACAGCUGUGAGGCCUUUAAGAACUCCUGGGAUGAGGCAUUGACACGUCCACACUGGAGAACGUCCCUUCCUCUGUUUCCUCUGUGGCAAACGCUUCACCCAGAUGGGGUUGCUCAGGCUGCACCACAUGCAGCCAGACCUGCAACCCCCCCAGCUGGACUUAACCACGAAGGUGGUGGUCGCGGAGGAGACUCCCUGCAAAGAAGGAGGGGAGUACAAGUGCCAGAAGUGCGGCGAAAGCUUCGGCAGCAUCUUGGAGCGACUGAGGCACAGGCAGACGCACGCGGUGAGGCGUCAGUACAGAUGCUCCCAGUGCGAGAAGAUCUACAGCCGCGCCUCGGAUCUCAAGAGCCACCAGAUGAAACACAGCAUAUAAAACAGUAUUUUUCAGGUCUGAAUGAGUGUGAAAUUUUAAUAGAUUAUGGAAUAAUGUUAUUUCCAGACUUUAUUCCCUGUCUUACUGUCUGAAGAUUGCAUCCUCCAUCAGUGUUUAGCCUGAUCAUCUAUCUGGUCCACUUUCCGUCUUCCUCUUCGUCCAUCUGGUCUGCUGAAAUCUGAGCAGAUCUGUGUUGAAAAUGUGCAGGAUCCCAUUAUAUGGUUGGGUGUACUUCAGAACUACACUACUUCAAAAUAUAUCAGUGUUUGGUGAUGCCACAGUAGAAAUAAAGAGCAAGUUCUGUUUGGCACUUAUUUUCCAUCAAAAUCUGGAGGAAAUUUAAAACGGAAUAAAAGGGAAUAAAAGAUUUAAAAGUCAUUAUCUAUUUUUACUCAGUUGACGGAAACUUGGUCACUGGGAUUUUGUUUGGAUCAGUGGUCAAGCCUCUCUUUCUCAUCCUGUUCAGGUAAAUCUCACUACAAAUAAGGAAAGUGUCGGCACUGAAAGUCCACAGUGCUGUAUGUGGUUUUGUAGACAUGCAGGUAGUUGGAGAAUUCUCCCUGCAUAUGCUGGUAGUGUUGCAAACACGGCACAUCACUAGCAUUAGUUUAUCAAAAAGCACUGACUUUAUAUCAACUAUUUCCACGAUAAAGUAUUAACAUCAAAAUUUAGCUUCCACUUGUUUCUUAAAGAUUAAUUCAUAGCAUGCUACUUUAAAAAUAGUGACUCUGUACACAACCCAUGUCUCACUCCAAGCUCAUCUCAAAAGCUGGCAAGUUUGUUAGAAAUAAUGUAAUGAAGACACAUCAAAAGUAAUUGGGGUUUCCUGUUGUUUUUAUUAGAAUAAAUCUAAUAUAUUUUACAUAAUCAAUGCCACCGUAAUAACUGGAUCCAUUUACGCUAAAUCUAUAGACAGCAGCACUAUCACUUGCACCACGUGUUCGUCACACAGGGUGGCGUUUUUUUUAGUUAGAAAAUUUAAAAAUUUCCCUCCAAGUUUCCCGCCGGACCGCUUUAUUUGCAGGGACUUCCGCUCGCAGUUUACAUAUCCGCGCGUCGUUUUCCGGGUGGUGGUUACACUCGGGCAAGCGGAGCCGUCGUUAUAAUCAACCUUGUAAACAAAAGUUGCUUAACGGGUUGACUUCAGCGAUACGUGAAGGGGAAAGACAUGCAUAUCAAAACUGGUACAUGGGAAGCAAGCAACACUGUGUGUGAGUCCGAAACCCUGUGUGACCAAGCAGUCCUCGUGUCGGCAACCAAGUCCGAGCCCCAGAUCCGUAACCGCCGCCUGUCUCCUGGUUCGGGAAACUGCGGAGGAGGAGGAGGCGGCUGCAUCUCCGGAAACGCCCAGUCUCCACGACAACGGUCCCCCCAGGGUGAGCCGAACGGCCCCAGCCACGCCCACGGCCCGAGCUUCCGCAGGGAGAAGGAGCGCAAGAACCAGCCUCACAAGGGCCGCUCCGUCCGGAGGGAGAGCCAGAAGGGGGCGCUGCGAGCCGGCGAGCGCCCACUAAAGGCCAAUCAGAAGGAGAAGUGGGUGGAGGACAGCCUGUCGCUGCUCAAGCCUCCGCCCGCUUUCCCGGUGCAGGACAGUCCUGCCAAGCUGCAGCCGGCCGUGAGCUACGCCUCCAAGGUGAAGGCCGGAGCAACGAGCGGAACGCUGGAGGAGGAGCGGCCCGCCAUCGGGGACCUGCUGCAGAACCAGUGGGGUCUGAGUUUUAUUAGUGAAACUAAGCCAAUCACAGAAGGGCCCCUCCUUCACCCUGCUGCUAGCCCUCUAGUGGACACAGAGAGCAAACACUCAGCGGACCUACAGCAUGACGCAGCUCUCACAGUUCAGCUCCAGGAGGAAACUCCUGUUCCUGCUUCUGAGGCCGAGGCGCAGCAGGCCAACGGGGACCUCCUGCUCAGCUGUCGCCAUCUAGUGGAGGCUUUGAACUAUCACAAUAGAGAAUGGAAUAUAAUCUGUAACAGACAGAAGAAAGGUCCAAAAAGAGUGGUGUGGUACAAGGAGACCCAGGAGCGCCCGGCCUAGCAGUGUGACCGACACACAGCAUCAAACGCCUACAGAACACACACACACACACACACACACACAUCUUCACGCACAUUUAUACUCAUGGAAGACGGACAAAUUUGAGUCCCAUUCUCACAAGCUGCACUCAGGACGAUGUCUUCACAUAAAGCCACACUGAGACACUUUGGACUAACUCCUUUGAGAUCUUACAGCAAUGGACUUUUUUUUAACGCCUUACAGAAAGCCUGCCUUAAAUAAUCACCUCAUUCCCAUUUUAGCUUCUUCCUGUAAACCUGGUCUUUUCCCCCCUCAUACACUGUUUAUUUUCUUUUAACAAUAUCCAAGGAGUCUAAUUUAAUUAAUUUUCUCCCCUUUUUGAAAGUUGCAGUUUUAUUCAAUGUUAUCCUCUGCAAAGCGAGUGGUCAAUCAAGCACUUUGUUUAAAACGGACCAGUGCGCGUGUGAGAAGCCCUCCGAAUUUUUUCCCCCCGGUUUUGAAUUGGAAACCAGAAGAAUGUCCUGUACCUACUUGAGUUUUAUUGUUUAUGAAUGCAAGGGUUGUCGGUUUCAUGUCUUCAGUUUACAGAGGGGUGUAGUUAAAGGCACAGUACAGUUCACCCUUUACCCUACAGAUCUUAAUGCUGUGUUCUCAUAAUUAUUAUUUUUUUAUUUGGUUCCUAUCGGGUGAAUGUUUGAAUCCAUAAGGGAGGUCGCAAUGUUCUGUGUGGUAGCUUUUGAAAAUUUAUUUGAAUUAAAGCAAAAAUUACACUGGAGGACGUAAGAAAGUAUUGCUUAAUAAAAAUGAAUAAACUUGGA